AUGGAUUCUGUCUUUAUCACUGCUGGUUUUGCAGCUCUAGCGAUCGUCUAUGGGGUGUACCGUCGGUACUCUCAUAUCUCUUUGGCAGACGUUCCUGGCCCAGAGUCUGCAUCGUUUACCAUGGGGAAUCUGAAAGAACUCUACCAAGGUCAGGCAGCGGAUGCUGACUUCAAGUGGCAAGCUCAGUAUGGGAAUAUUGUUCGCUUCAAGGGCUCUUUUGGCGAAGACCAAUUGAUGAUUUCCGACCCGGCCGCCCUACAAUACAUAUUUGCAAAGUCAGCCUAUCGGUUUCCCAAACCGCCUGAUCGCCGCGUUCUCUCCCAUUUUAUCAACGGAAAGGGUAUUGUCUGGGCGGAGGGUGACGAUCACAAACGACACAGGAGAAUAAUGCUCCCUGGAUUCGGUGGGCCGGAGUCCAAAGCCUUCUUGUCAUUAUUCAAGACUGCGCCGAGUCUCAACAAAUGGACGGAGACCAUCAAUAACUCUAAGGAGGGGUCAGUGGUGUUCAAUAUUCCUGUCUGGCUGUCCCGUGCGACCUUAGAUGCUAUCGGCGAAGCUGCUUUUGAUGUCCGCUUCAGCUCCAUUGACGAUAAUGAAAGCGCCCUCGCGCGCUCAUACAGGAAUAUAAUUAGGAGGGCCAAAACCCACGUAUCGUGGCGCAUGCGCGAUACAGGUAAAUUGGCGACAUCUGUUGCAAAGCAGUUGGUGAAAGACAAGGCAGAGAUGAUAUUGAGGGGCAAGGGCAGCCGAGAUGUCUUUAGCUUACUUGGUGGGUCGUCUCAAAGCCAAUAUGGAUACGAUGCAAAGGCGAAGUUAACGGAAGAAGAGCUGUUUGCUCAGAUGCGUACGAUUAUCUUCGCAGGUCAUGAGACGACCUCGAACACUGUCAGUUGGGCACUUCUCGAGCUAGCCAGGCACCCUGAGAUCCAAUCCCGUCUCCGGGAAGAGAUAUGGGAAACGGAAAGCGGCUGUGCACGCACGCGGGGAUGUCAACUUCACAAUCGCUGA